AGAAGAAGACGAAGAAGAAGAAGAAGGCGGAAUAAAGCAGAGUAAAAAAAUGGCGGCGACCAUGAAGAACGUGGAGGAAAUUCGGGAUCGAGUUAUACUGGGGGAAUUUGGUGUGAAGAACGUUCAUACAUCAGAUUUCCCUGGAAACUACCCUGGCUACGAUGACACUUGGGAUAUGCAUACAUUUCAAAAGAACUUCAGAAUUGAUGUAGUGCAUCUGGAUGAGAGCAAUAUGGAGUUUGACAUGGUGGGGAUAGAUGCUGCGAUCGCCAAUGCCUUCAGAAGGAUCUUACUAGCAGAGGUGCCUACUAUGGCUAUCGAGAAGGUGUUUAUCUAUAACAACACAUCCAUCGUCCAGGAUGAAGUCCUGUCCCACAGAUUAGGCCUCAUUCCCAUCAAAGCUGACCCUCGCCUGUUUGAGUACAAGAACACUGGUGACGAGGUUGCAGAGGAAGGAGGUUCAGAAAUAGACACAAUUCAACUACAGCUGAAGAUUAAAUGUAGCAGGAACCCUAGAGCCAGCAAAGAUUCCUCUGACCCACGAGAGCUGUAUACGAAUCACAUGGUUUAUUCCAGGGACAUAAAGUGGGUCCCCAUUGGGAACCAGGCAGACGUGUUUGCAGACUCCAGCAUCGGACCAGUACAUGAUGACAUUUUGAUAGCUCAGCUACGACCAGGACAGGAGCUGGACAUUAUCAUGCACUGUGUCAAAGGAAUUGUUCAACUCUGUUUAGGUAAGGACCAUGCUAAGUUUUCUCCAGUAGCCACAGCCAGCUACCGCCUCCUCCCAGAGAUCACCCUGCUUGAGCCAGUGGAGGGAGAGAAGGCAGAACGCUUAAAGCACUGCUUUUCAAGAGGAGUUAUAGACCUGCAAGAUGUUAAUGGGAAAAAGGUUGCCAAAGUAGUGAACAGUCGCCUGGAUACAUGUAGCAGGGAAGUACUCCGACAUGAUGACCUGAAGAAUGUGGUAAAGCUUGGAAGGCUGCGAGAUCAUUUCAUCUUUACAGUGGAGUCAACUGGCAUCCUGCCUCCAGAUGUCCUGGUCACCGAGGCCAUUAAAGUCCUCAUGGCCAAGUGUCAUAGGUUUGUCAAUGAGCUGGACUCCACUGACAUGAAGUGAAAUAAUGACUGAGUAUUCUCAGACCCACCACAGAGGACCUGACAUUGAAAUAUUGAAACACAGCCUGCUGGGGCUUGAACUGUUGAUAUUGUGCUCUCAGUGGAAUGACUAUGCUGAUAUUUGGCUGUAUGUAUAUGUUUUGUAGUGUUUUGUGUACUGUUGUUUAGGAGCUCAGUUGACCUUAAAUACACAUUCUGAAUGUAGUUGAAACAUCACCAAUAAAAUUGACAUGGCUGUCUCUUUCUUGGAUGCCAACAUCCUGUCAGAUACCCAUACAUUAAAGCAUCACUUCUACAGCACUCAUAUUUAUCCUAAUAUUCCAUAUAUUGUCCUACCAUAUCUCAUUCACAGCAACACAACGUAAACAUAAACAUGUAUGCACAGUAUAUUAAACUUGCUUUACGAUAUUAAAGUUUA